AUGUCGCAUUUUCUCGCAGUAACAAUCUGCCUCCGUGUGGUCGGUGUGACGGUGCCGACGUUCAAACAGCGCGGCGAGGCUGCCACUUUAGGCUGCGACUUCGACCUGGAGGGCGGGAAGUUAUAUUCCGUGAAGUGGUACAGGGACCACGAGGAGUUCUACCGGUACAUGCCGAAACUGCGGCCGCCACAGCACGCGCAUAAAGUCGACGGGAUCAAAGUUGAUAUGGAUAAAUCAACCGCCCGUCGUGUACACCUAAAGGAUCUAAGUUUGAAAUCUCGAGGAGUCUACCGUUGCGAAGUUUCCAAAGAAGCUCCAUCUUUUCACUCUGCGCAGGCUGAAGCAUUCAUGGAAGUUUACUACUUCCCGCGCGAGAGCCCUCGUAUUAGCGGACACGAACGGACUUAUUCCCCGGGAGAACCUCUCGACGUGAAUUGCUCUGCAAGGUCGUUCCCGCCGCCGGAGCUACAAUGGCACAUUGACGGAGAAAAAGUUUGUUUACUUAUUGAAUUAUGGCAUGAUUUUUUUCUCCAUUUACUAUUGAGAGAUUUCCAUUCAUUGGUAUCAGAAAGGGCCUGGCUUAUUUCGUAUGGUGUCAAGUCGACUCCACAAGGACUGCUGGUAUCAACACUAGGCCUCAGAGCACCAGCGCAUCCACUAAUGAGGUUAAGUUGUAUCGCCAGCAUGGGUACACUUCAAAGAGAACGAACAGUUAUACUAGGUUAA